AUGACGUGUAACAGCUUUGCCAGAAUGGCACGUGCCGUCGUGGACACCAUUGCGCGUUAUGGCUACCUCCGCGUCGCCCACUGGACUGCAUGGCCUCUGUUGUUGUUCUACGCCGCCUACAGUGUCGUACAAAAGAGAGCUGAGAUCGUCUCUGCCCUUCACAGAGAAGUCCGAGGAUUCUGCAAUCGCUAUGAAUGCAAGCAAAGGGAUUACGGCGACUUCGAAUGGGACGCCAUCAUCACACUUUUGUGGUCGAUGAAAUUUUGGAUUCUGACUCACCUUGUCGUCGGGCAGCUGCUGGCGGCGUUCGCGUCACGGUUCCUGCAGCAUUUCUACGUGGCCUACUCACUCCUCUUCAUGAUUCUGUGCUUCCCGACGGAUCUGUGGAUCAGAACCGCAAUCAUGGCGACGGCGUCGUGCGUCUCGGUGUGGCUUCGUCGCCGAUCCGUGGUGUAUGUGGUCGGUGCGCUGGUGGUGGCCACCACGACACUGUCGUUCAUGCCUCGGUAUGAGUUUUCUCCGUGUGUGAUUGGUGGCGAGCGGUCAAUCGAGGCGUCCGUCUUCUUUACCGGUUGGAACGUGCUCCGCUGCGUAAGCGUCGCCGCAGACCUCAUCGACCGAACAUCCAGCGCGCCGAGCGAUGCUCGCAAGCACGUCCUGCAUGCUCUGGCCUACUUGCUAUACUUCCCGGCUCUCAUAGUGGGUCCGGUGACAAACUACGACGACUUCAUGAAGGAGCCCUACCGUCCGCCUGCGUGGAACCGAAAGCGUCUCCUGCAUUUCCUCCUGUGGUGUGUCCGCCUGGUUCUGGGUUACUGCGUCAUGGAGGGAUUCCUGCGGGUGGCCUACGUGCCGAGCGCCGCGAUGGUUCCGCGCUGGUUCCACGCGCAGUCCGGCUGGACGCUCGCUGGACUCGUGUACCUGAGUGCCCUGCAGUUCUACCUCAAGUACAACUUCGCGUACGGCGUCCCGACGAUGUUCUUCUGGCUGGACGGCGUCUGCGAGGGGCUGAACCUCAGGCCUCGCUGCACGGCACGAAUCCACACCGCGGCAAACAUGUGGCGGUAUUUCGAUAUUGCACUCUACAGAUGGAUAGUCAAGUACCUCUACAAAGCGGUGAUCGCAAACCGCUGGACGGUCUGGUGGCGUUUUCUGGGCACCAGCGCUAGCUUUGCUUUCGUGCUCCUCUGGCACACGGUGCAGCCUCACAUGCUCCUGUGGACCACGACCAACUACCUGCUCGUCAUGGCGGAGAUGAUUUGCGUGGGGAUCGCCGCCGCGGCUCCCGUGCGGUCCUGGCUCACGACACGAUGUGGACCUGUCAGAGAGUCUAUACUCAAGGGUAUGCUGUGUGCGGUCAACCUAGUCGGAUCUUACGGCAGCUGUUUCUUCUUCUUGACCGAUUACGACAUUGCGAGUGGUGCAGUCAGAAAGCUGCUCGUAUUUCCUUUCCCACUGCUACCCCUUCUGGUCGGACUUUACUGCAAAGCACAAGUUGCUAUCGACAUAUUGGAAUGGGAAAAAGCACGUAGGCCUGAGAUGGCGGACCAAGAUGACAGUCCGCCGCAAACAUCGGAGGCACCUAGUUCAUCGCCUUGUCCUCUACGGAAGCGCAUCGUUUCAAACACAUAAAUACUCGUAAAUACUCGUAAAUACUCGUGGUAAGGGAGAUAAAUAAGUGCUUACGGUGUGCAAGUGAAUCCUGAGUUAGUUGCCUGACUCGCUGUCUCCAGAGGAAGCAGGCACGCAGAGUACCGAAACUCGAAUCAUUCCUGUAUAAAGCUCAUGGUGGGGAUGAUAGUUCAUUUCGCAUGUCUUGCCGAGGCGACGCCCGGAUUGUCAUGACUCUGCGACUUUUUCUUUGCGCUCCUUCAUUGUUAA